UUGAUUAUUUUAUCGCCUUUGUCUUUAAAUCAUACCUUUGGUAGAAGUUGGGUUUCAAAAUCUGACCUUUCAAGUAUAGUAGAAAGACCCCAAAGAUUAUUAGCUGCUUCGAUUGGUAUAGCUGCUGCGCUUUCAUUAUUCCCACAAAAUUUCAAAGUUUAUUUAUCAAAUUUCAAAUCUUCUUUAUAUUCUCAUCAUGUUGUCAAGAUUCAUGGCAAAAAAUGGCCUCAAGAAAUCGAAAAAUUAUGUCAAGAAAGUGAAAAAAAAUUAGCUAAAAAUCAAAUGGAAGUCCCUGAGGGCUGGCCCAAUGGCGACAUUUACUUGAACAAAAACACUAUAUUGGCUUUAAAGGGAGUAGUUGGAACUUUAGAAAAAAGUGUUGAUUCAAUUUUUGAUGAGAAAACAAGGUUUUUUAAUUCAUUUAAAAAGGUAUUUGUGGUUAUUCGACCUCCAGGCCACCAUUCUCACCCUUGCACACCCUCGGGAUUUUGCCUUAUAAAUAACGCCCAAAUUGCUAUUCAAUAUGCUAGCGAUACUUAUAACAUUACACAUGCUGUUAUUUUAGAUAUUGAUUUGCAUCAUGGAGAUGGAACUCAAGAUAUUUGCUGGAAAAGAGCUGGUUUUAACUCGGAGAAUUUGGUUUCUGAUUUCGAUUCUGCUUUUGAUCUCAAUAUCAAUAAAAAUGAAUUUUCUAAUAAUAAAUACGAUUCAUCUACCAAAAAAAAAUCCCUGGAUCCAAAAGUUGGUUAUUUUUCUUUACAUGAUAUUAACUCAUUUCCAACUGAAUUAGGACAUGCAACAGCAUCAAGAAUUAAGAAUGCUUCAACUUGUCUAAUAGGUCAUGGCCUAUGUAUAUGGAAUGUCCAUUUACAAAAAUAUAAAGAUGAUAAUGAGUUUUAUCAACAAUAUAAAACCAGAUACAAUCAGAUUUUAUCAAAAGCAGAAGAGUUUUUAACACAGGAAAAAUUAGAAUACAAAAACAAACUAGAUGAUUAUUACAUUCAACUAGAUCGAUACAAUAAAACGAAAUCUCAAUCCUUUCAGACACAGAAUUACAUUUUUGAUGAGAAUCAAAAGAAUAGCUUGGAUCAUAAUGAAAACUAUAAUAAAAACUAUAAUAAAGGUUUUCAACUUAAAAAACCUUUAAAACCAGCGGAAUUUAAACCGAUGAUUGUAAUUUCAUCAGGUUUUGAUGCUUCAGAAUAUGAAUCUCAAAAUAUGCGAAGACAUGAUGUGCAUGUUCCAACCUCUUUUUACUGCAAUUUUACUAAAGAUGUUGUAAAAUUGUCAGAGAAGUUUACAAAAGGCAGAGUUCUAUCAUUACUAGAAGGUGGCUAUUCAGAUGCAGCACUUUGUUCGGGUAUUUUUUCCCAUUUAAUAGGAUUAGCAGAUUGUAAUUGGAAAGAAAAUUGGGGAAAAGAAGAAACAAUAAAAGAAUUAACAAAAGGUUGUAGAACUAAAUGGAAGCAAAUAAAAUAUCCUAGAAAUGAACUCCAAAGGUGGGCAACACAAGUUAUUAAGUUGGGUAGGUUAUUAUUGCCAGAUUCAAUCAUU